GCGGAGGACAGAGAAGCUCCAAGACUCCUAGUCUCAGGGAGGGGGAAGGAAGAAGAGGAAGAAGAAGAAGAAAUUCCAGGAAGAUGACAGAUAUGAGGCUGCUUGGGGACAUCUGAAGAGCUCCCAUGGAGCUCAACCACCUUGCUAAGAAGAGAGGGCAGGCGGAUCAGUGCAACAAUCUGGAUUGGAAUUUGGGGGCUCCUCCCUGUGACCACCAGCAAUGUAGAGGAGAUGUAAAGUUGGCUGCUGCUCUCUGCUGCCAGAAGCACUGCAAAUCAACACAAAGGAUUAUAGAGACUAAUGAAACUAGCCCUUCUCCUACAUUCAACUUCCUCCCUCAGAAAGAUAGCAUUGUUCAGGCAGAUGGCCCCCCAUCAGGACCUCUCAAGGCAGAAAAAGAGACAAUAACAGCUGAAGAGAAGGUCUGUCACUGCUAUGCCCAGGAACUUGAAACCUCUUUUACCUAUGUUGAUGAAAAUGUUAACCUGGAACAUCGUACUGGCAGUCAUUCUCCAGGAAAGGAGAACUACCACCAAAGAGAUCCUGACUGGGAGAACCCAAAUGAAUGGUCUCACGAGGCUGCCAUGUCCCUGAUAUCUGAAGAAGAUGACACUGGGUCUGAAGCCACUGCUUCAGGGAAGUCAACAGACUAUGGCUUCAUUAGUGCCAUCUUGUUCUUGGUCACUGGGAUCUUAUUGGUGAUCAUCUCCUAUUUAGUCCCCAGGGAAGUGACUGUGGAUCCCAAUACCAUCGCAGCCCGGGAGAUGGAACGUUUAGAGAAUGAGAGUGCCAGGAUUGGGGCUCACCUAGAUCGCUGUGUGAUAGCUGGUCUCUGCCUCCUUACUCUGGGUGGAGUGGUUCUGUCCUGUUUGCUGAUGAUGUCCAUGUGGAAGGGCGAGUUAUACCGGAGAAAUAGGUUUGCCUCUUCCAAAGAGUCUGCAAAACUUUAUGGUUCUUUUAAUUUUAGAAUGAAAGCUGGCACCAAUGAUAACACACUAGAGUUAUCCUUAGUGGAAGAAGAUGUCCUCACUGUUGAUAGUUAAUUGUGGCUAUGCAUUUCCUUUUCAAAAAAUGGCACAGGAGAGAUUCCUAUUACAUUGAACAAAAUGAAGUAAGUGAUGGUACACAGGUUAAGUGUCUACCCUAGGAUUCCCUCAGAAAAAAAAAAAAAGCAAGCACCCUCUAUUAAACAUUGCUUAACACUUAAUGGUGAUUUAUUUGUCUGACAAGAAAUUUUAU